UUCCAAUCCCCACUUCAAAGAUUCCAAAGGACAACCCAACCUAGAAGUGAUCGACCAACGUCCAAAACUCCUUUAUAGAUCAUCAUCCAUCCUAGACGACCCCUCUCCUUUCUCUAUAUCUAUCCUAACUUCCAGACACCAAUCUAUCUCCAACAGAACAUUUUAGUUUCCUUGAAUCAAAACCUCAAAAUUAAAGUCCAAUAAUGCCUCCUGUCCACUCUAGCCCGUUCUUCCAAAUGGAGAAUCCCGCAAUACUAUCUUUGCUCCGGCAUAGUACUACUCCGGGGGAGAAACGUACAAAAUCCACCGGCGGGCUCCUGAAAAUGUUCAAGCUCUUCCCCAUGUUGACCUCAGGGUGCAAGAUGGUGGCACUUUUGGGCAGACCCAGAAAGCCUCUACUCAAAGACAAUGCCACAACGGGGACUAUCUUCGGUUAUCGCAAAGGGAGAAUGAGUUUAGCCAUUCAAGAGGACCCUCAUUGCAUGCCCAUCUUCGUCAUCGAGCUGCCCAUGCACAGCAGUGCUUUCCACAAGGAAAUGGCGUCGGAUAUCGUCAGAAUUGCGCUGGAGAGUGAUACCAAAACCCAGAAAAAGAAACUGUUGGAGGAGUUUGUUUGGGCAGUGUACUGUAAUGGAAGAAAGACCGGGUUUUCCAUCAGGAGAAAGCAAAUGUCCGACGAUGAACUUUAUGUCAUGCAGCAUUUGCGAGGGGUUUCCAUGGGCGCCGGGGUUCUUCCGAGUCCCUCGGAAAAGGAAACGGCGUAUGGGGAAUUGACGUACAUGAGAGCAAGAUUCGAAAGAGUUGUUGGAUCUAAGGAUUCUGAAGCUUUGUACAUGAUAAAUCCAGAUGGUGCUGCAGGGCCAGAAUUGAGUAUUUUCUUUGUAAGGGCUCAUUAGAGUUUUGAUUAUCUAGUAGAACUAUAUAUAUAAACCAAGAACUUUGAUCAAAGUUACAUAAAAAUCAUUUUCUCAAGCC